GUUGUAGGGCUGGGGAGGAGGUGGGGGCGGCCACUUCGGGUCUGGACGCUGCCGUGGCGCUAGGAUGAACGCCCCUCCCGCCUUCGAAUCGUUCUUGCUCUUCGAGGGCGAGAAGAAGAUCACCAUUAACAAGGACACCAAGGUACCCAAUGCCUGUUUGUUCACCAUCAACAAAGAAGACCACACACUAGGAAACAUCAUUAAAUCGCAGCUGCUGAAGGACCCACAGGUGCUAUUUGCUGGCUACAAAGUCCCCCACCCCUUGGAGCACAAGAUCAUCAUCCGUGUGCAGACCACACCAGACUACAGCCCCCAGGAGGCCUUCACCAAUGCCAUCACAGACCUCAUCAGUGAGCUCUCUCUGUUGGAGGAGCGCUUCCGGGUGGCCAUCAAAGACAAGCAAGAAGGAAUUGAAUAAUGGGCUGGAAGGAGUCCUGCUUGGCCUGUGAGCCCAGUUCCUACCUGCACCGGGACCUCCUCCACAGGCACCAAGCAGAGACAGCGGCCAGUCCCAGCUGUAGCCCUCCUUGUAGCUAUCCCCGCAAGCCCCCGACACUCUGUCCCGUACAGAGUCUAUUUUAUCUUCCUAAUAAAGUAUGGCAGGAAGAGACCUGAA